GUUGUCUCGAUGAAGGCUGGGUUCGCGUGAGAUGGGAUCGAGUCUGGAGAACGUACAACUACCGAGUUGGAGCAGAAGGCAGUUACGACCUCGUCUACAACUCCUUCGUGGCAGCACCAGGUGAAAUCUUGACAUCCGCAGAAGUGGGAAUUCGCGUGAGGAGAGGUCCAGAUUGGAAAUGGCACAACCAGGACGGCGGCGGAGCGGGCAUCACCAUCGACGGAGUUGAACGAGAUGGAUGGGUCCGUGUUUGCUGGGACACUGGCAUGGAACAGCGCUACCGGGUUGGUGCACAAGGAAGUUACGAUCUCAUCAUCGACUUCUCCUACCCUCCAGCGCACGGUCAAGUCUUGCGCAUCCCGGAGCCGGGGAUCCGAGUGAGGCGAGGUCCAGAUUGGAAGUGGCAGAAUCAAGACGGUGGAGGUUUGGGCACCACCCAGCCAUGCUCGAUGGCCGGCUGGGUUUGCGUUUGGUGGGACCAUGAGCCUGUUUGCCAUCACAUGUAUCGCGUGGGUGCUGAGGGCAAGUAUGACUUGACCGUGGCGGAACCCAGAAGCACGGAUUACAUGGUCGGUCGCCGCGUGAGGUUCAUUCAGGGCAGCGAACACGUGGACUUCUCCGGAUGUCCGGGCAGCGCCUUGUCCUUCGGCGCCGGCUGGACGCAGUACAUCCACCGAAUCGAAGGAGAGUGGUUUACCACCCAACAGUUCGCCACGCUCUGGGCGCCACUGAGUGCCGUUCAGCUGACAGAGUCCGAGGACAGCAACUAUGUCGGCUACAGCGAGGAGGAAAUGGAGGAAGGCGUCACAUCCUUCAUGGACUCAGAGGGCGACUCCAUCGAGUGUGCGAACCACCCAGGUAUUGGUCAUGAUGAGGAAUGGCUCGAUGUAGAGGAAGCCAGCAGCAUGCAAUGCCCGAUCUGCCUAUAUGUGGCACGUGAUGCUCUUGCACAUGAUUGUGGGCAUCUCUUUUGCGAGAGCUGUUGGGAUCGAUGGAUCACCGACCAUCGCAAUUGUCCCGUCUGUCGCGAGGACGGACAUAGCAUCGUGCGGGCGCCUCGCGAUCAACGCAAGAUCUUGAAUCUCAAGAUCCGAUGUCCCCUGGACUGCGGAGAGACCAUUCGCUUGGGGGACAAGGAAGCGCAUGUGACCUUCUGUGCCACUUACCGGCGAUGUAGUGCAUGUGGUGAGGAGAUGCUUGCUGAGAUGCUCACAAUUCACGAGAAGGAGAUGUGCAGAUGUCGUCCUAUCCCUUGCGAGCUGUGCAGCGAGAUGGUGAGGAUGGAUCAGAUGGAAGCUCAUAUGGCCGGCAACGUGGGAAUUCACAUGUUGGCCCUGCACAAGGAAAACCAGGCCUUGAAGAAGGAGAACCAAACCAUAAAGAAGGAGAGCAGAUCCUUGAAGAAGGAGGGCCAAUUCUUAAAAGCUCGGGUGGAAGAGCUGGAGCGACAAGUCGUCGCCCGCGACGAGUCGGAUGCCUGA